AUGGUCAGUAUCUUUCCAAACCUACCGGCGUCGCCAGUUACUGCGCCCCCGUUACGAGAGGACGGUUCCGAGGCUGUGGACGGAGUUCUCGAGCUCAUGGAUGGUUCCGCGUACCGUGGAAUCAGCUUCGGCGCAGAGGGAAAGAGUGUUGCUGGAGAAUGUGUUUUCCAGACCGGUAUGGUUGGGUACACCGAAUCCUUGACGGAUCCAUCUUAUGAGGGCCAGAUCCUCGUUCUCACAUACCCGCUCGUUGGCAAUUACGGCGUGCCUGAACGCCCCACAAAAGAAGCAUUGGACGCUAUCCCCGCCGAGUUUGAGUCCUCCCGCAUCCACAUCGCGGCACUCAUUGUUGGCUACUACUCGGAAGACUUUAGCCACUUCCUCGCAAAAUCGUCUCUCGGCACAUGGCUCGAAGAGAAUGGUGUACCGGCGCUUUAUGGCGUCGACACUCGUGCACUCACCAAAAAGAUCAGGGAAAAAGGAUCCAUGCUCGGAAAGGUUCUCGCUCGUUCAGAAGGCCCUCGGGUUGGCCGACCUCGCUCGCAUGGAUUCUUACAACACUCUCAUCUCCUUCCGUCCGUUCCUUCCACCCCUUAUCCCUGGAGAGAGGAGUACGUCGAAAUCCCCUUCAAUGACCCAAAUCAAAAGAACCUCGUCGCCGAGGUCUCCAUUCCCCAUCCCGUCGUUCAUAAACAAACCUCUAAACCGCUCCUUCACCCUUCUGGACGCAACCUUCGCGUUGUCGCUAUCGACGUCGGGAUGAAGUUCAACCAAAUUCGCUGCUUCACCAACCGCGGAGUUGAACUCAAAGUCGUACCAUGGAAUUAUGAUUUUUUAGCUGACAGCGAGCCAUUUGAUGGCAUCUUUGUUUCCAACGGCCCCGGAGAUCCCGUCAUCGUCCAAGAAACUAUUCAGAGACUCGAGAAGGCUAUGGAAAUGGCUGACAGACCUAUUUUCGGUAUCUGUCUUGGACAUCAGCUCAUGGCGUUGGCCGCCGGCGGAACAACAUCUAAGAUGAAGUACGGCAACCGUGGCCACAACAUUCCUUGUACAGACGCGAUUUCUGGAAGGUGCUACAUUACCUCUCAGAACCACGGUUAUCAGGUCGACAUGGCUUCCCUUCCUCUCAACUGGAAGGAGUUGUUCCGCAACGCCAAUGACGGAAGCAACGAGGGUAUCUAUUGUGAAGAUAAACCCUUCUUCUCUGUCCAGUUCCACCCCGAGUCCAAUGCCGGCCCUCGCGAUACCGAAUUCCUCUUCGACGUCUUCAUUCAGCGAGUCGUCGACUGCGCCACCAUUGGCUCAGUGCCCUCUCUCUCCAUGCCAGGUGGCAAGAAGGAAGAAAACGACAAGCGUGUCCCUCGCGCCAACGUCUCCAAGGUCAUCAUCCUUGGUUCCGGUGGUUUGUCUAUUGGUCAAGCCGGAGAAUUCGACUACUCCGGUUCCCAGGCAAUCAAGGCCCUCAAGGAGGAAGGCAUAUACACGAUCAUGGUUAACCCAAACAUCGCCACCAUUGCCACCUCCAAAGGACUCGCCGACAAAGUCUACUUCCUGCCCGUUACGCCCGAGUUCAUCAGAAAGGUCAUCAAGUUCGAGAAACCCGACGGGAUCUACGUCACAUUCGGUGGCCAAACCGCUUUAAACGUCGGCAUCAAGCUGAAGGAUGAGUUCGAAGAGCUCGGCGUGAAGGUCCUCGGUACGCCCAUCGACACUGUCAUCACGACUGAGGACAGGCAGCUGUUUGCAGCUGCGAUGGAGGAGAUUGGGGAGAAGUGUGCCGAGAGCCUAACCGCGACGAACACGAAUGACGCGGUUGCCGCUGCGACGCAGAUUGGAUUCCCGGUCAUUGUCCGAGCGGCGUACGCUCUUGGUGGCUUGGGCAGUGGUUUCGCGCAGGACGAGGCGCAGCUAAGGGCUCUGUGUGCGAAGGCAUUCGCUACUAGCCCGCAGGUCCUCGUUGAGAAGAGUAUGAAGGGAUGGAAGGAGAUCGAGUACGAGGUUGUUCGGGAUUGCAGGGAUAACUGUAUCACAGUUUGUAACAUGGAGAACUUCGACCCUCUCGGUAUUCAUACUGGUGACUCCAUCGUUGUCGCCCCUUCUCAGACUCUCUCGGACUCUGACUACAACAUGCUCCGGACGACCGCCAUCAACGUUAUCCGUCACCUCGGCGUCGUAGGAGAGUGCAAUAUCCAAUAUGCACUCAACCCUACCUCGCAAGAGUAUUGCAUCAUCGAAGUCAACGCCCGUCUUUCUCGUUCCUCUGCCCUUGCCUCCAAAGCAACAGGCUACCCGCUCGCCUUCAUAGCUGCCAAGCUCGGCCUGGGGAUUCCGUUGAACGAGAUUAAGAACUCCGUUACGAAGGUUACCUCGGCAUGCUUCGAGCCCUCACUCGAUUACUGUGUCGUCAAGAUCCCCCGUUGGGAUCUGAAGAAGUUUAAUCGUGUCAGCAGGCUGCUCAGUUCGAGCAUGAAGAGUGUUGGAGAGGUUAUGAGCAUUGGACGGACGUUCGAAGAGACAAUUCAGAAGGCGAUUCGGGCCAUUGACGACCAAUUCACUGGUUUCGCCAAGAACGACUUUGUCGAGAACAUCGACGAAGAGCUCGUUAACCCGACUGACAAGCGUAUCUUUGCCAUCUCGACAGCCUUCCAUCGUGGCUACAGCAUCGACAAGAUCUGGAAGAUGACGAAUAUAGACAAGUGGUUCUUGAACAAGUUGCACAACAUCUUCAAGCUCGAGCAGCGUCUCAUGACUUGCAACGUGUCGAACCUCCCUAUCGACCUCCUGCGACAGUCCAAGCAAUGUGGUUUCUCUGAUCGUCAAAUUGCUGGCUGCAUUGGCUCUACCGAACUUGCCGUGCGCCGGCUUCGUCAAGAAGCUGGCAUUUCGCCAUUUGUCAAGCAGAUCGACACCGUGGCCGCCGAAUUCCCUGCCUACACCAACUACCUUUACAUGACUUACAAUGCUGUCGAGCACGACGUGGCCUUCGACGACCGUGGCGUCAUCGUUCUAGGCUCAGGGGUGUACCGCAUUGGUUCCUCCGUCGAGUUUGAUUGGUGUGCCGUUCGUGCCAUUAGAACACUCCGUGAUCAAGGCCUACCCACUGUCAUGGUUAACUACAACCCUGAGACCGUCAGCACGGACUACGACGAAGCGGACAGGCUCUACUUUGAGAAUAUCAACUUGGAGACGAUUUUGGAUAUCUAUGACGUGGAAAGCUCGAGGGGUGUUAUCUUGUCCAUGGGUGGCCAGACGCCUAACAAUAUCGCACUGCCCUUGUACCGCCAGAACGUCAAGAUCUAUGGUACUUCGCCCGAGAUGAUUGACACAGCUGAGAACAGAUACAAGUUUUCUCGCCUCCUCGACGAUAUCGGCGUUGAUCAGCCACUGUGGAAGGAGCUCUCGAGCUUCGAGGCCGCAGCAGAGUUUUGCGAGAAGGUUGGAUAUCCUGUGCUCGUUCGUCCUUCGUACGUUUUGUCGGGUGCGGCCAUGAACGUCGUUUCGACCAGCGACGACUUGUCGAGUUACCUGACGCAGGCCGCGGACGUCUCGCGUGACCAUCCUGUGGUCAUCUCCAAGUACAUCGAGCAGGCAAAGGAGAUCGAAAUGGAUGCAGUGGCUAAGGACGGCAAGAUGGUCAUGCACUAUAUUUCGGAGCACGUUGAGAACGCUGGCGUGCACUCGGGUGAUGCCACCCUCAUUCAUCCACCUCAAGACCUCGACCCAACGACUGUCCGUCAGAUAGAGGAAGCCACGGCAAAGAUUGGACGAGCACUGAACGUUACGGGCCCUUUCAACAUCCAAUUCAUCGCGAAGAACAAUGAGAUCAAGGUCAUCGAGUGCAAUCUCCGUGCGGCACGUUCGUUCCCUUUCGUGUCGAAGGUGACGGGUAUCGAUGCCAUCGAGAUGGCGACCAAGGUCAUGCUCGAUAUCCCGGUCGAGUCGUAUCCAGAUCCUGGCCUGCCUCCGGACUACGUCGGUGUCAAGGUCCCGCAGUUCAGCUUCAGUCGCUUGUCGGGUGCUGAUCCUGUCUUGGGUGUCGAAAUGGCUUCAACAGGUGAGGUGGCAUGCUUUGGGCAUGAUAAGUAUGAGGCGUACCUCAAGGCACUCAUUUCGACUGGUAUCGUUCUGCCAAAGAAAAACAUCCUCUUGUCGAUCGGUAGCUAUCGCGAGAAGUUGGAGAUCUUGCCCUCAGUGCAAAAACUGAGUGCGGCUGGGUACAAUAUUUUCGCUACGUCGGGUACUGCAGACUUCUUGACGGAACACGGGGUUCCUUGCAAGUACCUUGAGACCCUCGGCGAUGACAGUCGCGACAAGCAGAAGUCGGAGUACUCUCUGACUCAGCAUCUUGCGAACAAUCUCAUCGACAUGUACAUCAACCUGCCCUCGAAGAACCACUACCGUCGUCCAGCUAGCUACACCAGCAAGGGCUACCAUACCCGCCGUAUGGCUGUCGACUUCGCCGUCCCGCUCAUUACGAACGUGAAGAACGCGAAGAUGCUCGCGGAGGCGCUUGUUCGCAAACUCCCUCUCGACGUCUCCAAUUUGGACUCCAAGAGCUCGCACCAGACCCACACGUUCCCUGGCCUCGUAAACGUAGGAGCUUUCGUACCAAAGGUCGCGAUUGCCAACAAUCAUGACAUCGUCACCGUAACCGAGGCCUCACUUAGUGCAGGAUUCACCACGGCUCUCAUCUCACCAGUUGGCCAAGGCAACAGCAUCGUCGACCGUAAUACGCUUGAGCAGGCGCGCUCGAAUCUCGCUGGCCAUUCCCGUUGCAACUUUGCCUUCAGCAUCACUGCAACAUCAGAGAAUGUCGGCUUUUUGGAUGAGGAGCUCCAGGCGGAAGUCAAGUCACUCUUUGUGCCCUCGUCCCUCCCUCUUUCCGUCGUUGCAGGUCACUUUACAUCCUGGCCGUCGGACAAAGUCAUCGUAACCAACGCGAAGGGGUCUGAGCUCGCAUCUAUCCUCCUACUCGCCAGCCUCCACAGUCGCAGCGUCCACAUCACCGACGUACGCACCACCGAUGAUCUGCUACUUAUUUCUUUGAGCAAGGCCAAGCAACUGAAGGUUACUUGCGAUGUCUCUGUCUUCGCGUUGUUCUUCACGACAGAGCAGUAUCCUGGUGUUGACGGUCUUCCUUCGGUCGAUGUCCAGAAGACUCUGUGGUCGAAGCUUGAUGUCAUCGACGUUUUCUCCACUGGGCCUACCCCCUUCCAACUCGCUGUCGCAGCCGGAAGGCCCACCUCCGCGUGGUCCGGUGUUGAGGAAACCCUGCCCCUUCUCCUGACUGCCGUCACAGAAGGUAGAUUGACUCUGGACGACAUCCGCAAACGCCUUCACGACAAUCCUGUCCUUAUCUUCGGCAUUGUUGACCAAUCGCAGACCAGUGUUGAAGUUGUUAUCGGCCGCAAGUCGAAGUUCUCCUCCAACACCUCUUGCUGGUCGCCCGUCCAACACACAUCUGGUACCGUUCAUCGUGUCGUCCUCCAUGGUCAGACUGCCUUCCUCGAUGGUUCAUUGUUUUCUACGCAAGGAGGUCGCGACAUCUCUGGGUCCGUUGUCAGCCACCCUGCACCUGUACCCCCGGCCGCUGCCACUGGAAAGGAACAUGAAGUCCCGACGCAUGCGCCUGGGUUAGCAUCGUCGACCGCAGCGGUCCAUCAGGCGACAACGUUGCAGAACCAAUUUGGGCCUGUUGCCAACAUUCUUUAUAUCCAACCUCACCCUGCUUUCCACCGCCGUCACAUUCUCUCUGUCAAGCAGUUUACACAGCGUGACAUAUAUGAUCUCUUCUCGAUCGCCAACGAGAUGCGCAUCCAGGUCGAGCGCAAUGGUAGCCUCGAUAUCCUGAAGGGAAAGGUUCUCUGCACGGUCUUCUACGAGCCUUCUACUCGAACCAGCUCCUCGUUCGAUGCUGCUAUGAAGCGAUGCGGUGGUCAGGUUGUGCAGGUCGCUGCUGAGAGCUCGUCAGUGGCUAAAGGCGAGAGUUUGGCCGAUACAGUUCGCACCCUGGCUUGCUAUGGAGAUGGCAUCGUUAUUAGACAUCCUCAGGUUGGCAGUGCUCAAGAGGCUGCGAAGUACUCUCCGGUUCCUGUCAUCAAUGCUGGUGAUGGUAUUGGCGAACAUCCUACCCAGGCCCUCUUGGAUAUCUACACCAUCCGCUCCGAGUUGGGUACUGUCAAUGGACGUACCAUCACUCUCCUCGGCGACCUCAAGAACGGAAGGACAGUCCACAGCCUCGUCACUCUCCUGUGCCAUUAUUCCGUCCGGCUUAACUUUGUCUCCCCUGCGUCUCUCGCCAUGCCUUCCUAUGUAGUCUCCGCUGCCCGUAAAGCUGGCAUCCCAGUUGCCAUUUGCGAGUCGCUGGAUGAGGUGUUGGCUGACACCGACGUUCUGUACGUCACCAGAGUGCAGAAGGAGCGUUUCGAAAGCGAGGCAGAGUGGUUGCAGGUCAAAGAUGCAUAUCGUGUUGAUCAUGCUGUCCUCUCGAGAGCAAAGGAGGAGAUGAUCGUCAUGCAUCCUCUUCCUAGGGUUAAUGAAAUCGAUCCCGAAGUCGACUAUGAUUCUCGUCGUGCUGUGUACUUCCGUCAAAUGCGCUAUGGUCUCUUUAUUCGUAUGGCUCUGCUCGCAAGCGUAAUGGCUUAG